CACAUCGGAUUCAAGAUGCCAAAUCGGGCUAAUAUGGGCACCACUACGGAUCCAGUAAACCAAUAUUUCGUUAAAAACGGAAUGCCUCUAUACCAGUCUCCAAUGUCGUUUGAAGCCAUGUUUGAUUCUCAAUGAAUUACCACACUAAACUUAUUGGUUCUAGAAUGAUGAUGUAUAUAAGAGGUUGAAGUCAGCAAAUACAAAUCAGUUGAAGUACAGGCUAAAGUGAAUAAGUGUCAACAUACAUCAUGCAGUCACUUGAUGUAGCUCACAAGACAAAUGGAAAAAUAUGGCACCGUAAGCCAACGCCAUCAGCUGAUAAUGGGUUGAUGGUCAAUAUCAAUCAUAGUCAGGCAGGAAGCCUCUCUCAGUUCAGUCGCAAUGUUCGUUUUCUUCAUACUGCAUACGAUGGCCAGACAGAAACUUUCGUGGCUGGGGAUCACCAGGGCAAUGUUUACAUAUUUGACCUCAACAAAAACAGAUUUUUUCUCGGACAAAAGACUGGACAUCCCUGUACUGCUGUAGCAUUCAACCUUCGUCGGAAGUCUGAGUUCCUUGUGGGACUGUCAGAUUACUCACUCAAGUGCUUUGAUACUGAUACAAAAGAAAUGGUUGCAUGGAUGAAAGGGCACGAGUCUGCGAUCCGAGACAUUUCUGUACAUGCAUCAGGAAGAUAUGCUCUAACAACCUCAACAGAUACAGCCCAACUAUGGGAUCUUGACACUUUCCAACGUAAACGCAAACUGAACAUCAAGGAGGAUGUUGGAAUUGUACAGGUAUUCUUUCUACCACUCAGCAAUGUGAUAAUAACUGGCUUCAAAGAUGACACAAUAUUUGCCUGGGAGUCUGACACCUUGAAGUGUAAAUACCAGUUACCUGUACCUCCUGGAAACAGUCCACGUUACAGAGCUUUCAUAUCUACCAAAGAUGGACGAAUCUUAGCAGCCGGAGGAAAGUCACGGUUCAUCCAUCUCUGGGACUUAGACACACAUAGACUUCUACGCAUUGUUGAGCUACCUGUCAAGGUGACUUCGGUCAAACAAAUGGUCUUCCUCCCAGACAACUUUGAUGCAGGAGCCAAUCAGGUGCUAGGAGUCCUCAGUCAGGAUGGUAUCGUCCGCUUCAUCAACAUCAACUCUUGCAAGUUAUUAUUUGAUGUUGGAAGUAUAGAUAAUAAGAUCAACAAUAUCACCAUUAGCUCAUCAGGGCGCCACCUAUCGGCAGUCAUGGAGGACGGAAGCCUGAAUGUGUAUAAUCUACAUGUAAUGUCCUCUGAACUCAACAAACCACCUGCUCCGUUAGUCAAGGUAGUGUCCAGUAAUAAAAUGGCUGAUACUUCUACCAAGCCCAGCCUCAAACAAAAGGGUAAAGGUCAUGCAGGAGGAAAGGAGAAUAAAAUGACUGGAGAGCUCCAAGGAUCAAGGGAAAUUGAGAUUCCUGAGAGACUAAAUAUGGAAAGAUUAACGGCUAUAUUAAAGGGAUAUGGAGAAUAUCCAAGUAAAUACCGAAUGUUUAUUUGGCGAUCCGUGUUACGACUUCCUGAGAACCACACUGCCUAUGCAGCUCUUGUAGAUAAAGGCACUCAUCCUGCAUAUGUCAACCUACAGGAAGAGUAUCCUAUAAAGAGUAGGAAGCUCCUCAGAGUCCUUCAGAGAAUCCUGUCCGCACUUGCCCACUGGUCCCCUAUUUUUGGAGAGACACAGUAUCUACCUGUGCUUGCAUUCCCAUUUGUCAAGCUGUUCCAGAACAACCAUCUAGUCUGCUUUGAAAUCAUCGCCACAAUCAUGGAGAACUGGGCAGAACACUGGUUUGAGUAUUUCCCCAACCCUCCUAUAAAUAUCCUGAGUUUGAUAGAGAAUGUGCUGGCUCACCAUGACAAAUAUCUCCUUCAACACUUCGUCAAGUAUGGUGUCACAUCACAGAUCUAUGCUUGGCCACUGUUGGAGACGCUGUUUUCUGAAGUCCUGACCAAGGAGGAAUGGUUGAUGCUCUGGGAUAACGUCUUCAGUAAUCACCCUUCCUUCCUACUAAUGGCAGUUGUAGCCUACACUAUCUCAGCCCGGGGGCCACUGAUGCAGUGUAUUGAACUGGAUGAUUUCAAGUUUUUUUACCACCAUCGUAAUGCUGUAGAUGUGAGACAAGUUAUCAAAGAGACAUACCGACUGAUGGAGGCCACACCUGAUGAUAUUCAUCCCCACAAAACACUGGCCCAGUUUAAACCUCUCACUGUGGGACAGUACCCUGUUUUCAACAAAUACCCUAAGUUUAUAGUAGACUACCAGGUUCAGGAACGUGAAAGAAUACGACAGGAAGAAAUGGAAUAUCUACGCCAAAGACAAGUGUCACUGGAGAUGCAGAAGGAGACGAUGAAACGUACACAGGAGGAAGAGGCAUGGUACAGACAACAACAGUUACUUAUGGACGCUGAGGAAAAACGUCGUGUACUCAUCCAGACAGAGGAACAGAAACUCACUGCACAGAGGAAACGGUUAUAUGCCAUGAAUCGUGAGGUGAAGCUCAAGGAACUUCAGUUGCUGGAUGCUGCUCGUCGCAAGUUCCUCCACUUCCAGAAAGAACAGCGUCAGAAAGAACUGCGCCGUCUUGAUGACGAAGUCCAGAGGAAGGCACUGCUGAGGGACCAGGAGACAGAAGGAGCUAUUGAGGAGGCUGAGAUCAGGAACAUCGAGUUGCAGUUGCAAAAGAAAAUGUUUGAACAAGAACUGUUCCGGGAGUUUGCCACUGUGUCCCAUCAACUCCGUACAGAACAGGACAUGCACAGGAAACAGGCAGAGCUGGAGAAUCGUAUACAGGAUAGACUUAAGGAUGUGGAGAGGGAACGACAAAUGGAUGUCAGGAAGAUGUUACAGGACAAUUUAGCUCAGACUGCCCAACAGAACAUUGAGGCCUGGGCGCAAAACGAGUUUGAGCAUCGUCAUCGGCUAGAAGACCUGGAGCGUGAGAGCAAAGCUAUCCAGUUAGCAAAGAAAAGUACAGAGAACAGGAAGCUGGAAGAGGAAGUACAUAGGCUGAUGAAGCAAGUCCAGGCCCAAACGAUGAAUGAAGCAGAGUUAGCUAAACUGCAUCUAGAAGAACAGAAAGACCUGGCGGCACAAUCUGAUCAGCGACGUUUACAGUUCCUUGAAGAGGAGGGAUACAAAGCACAUUAUCACGGCAAAAAGCUGACUGAAGAUACAAUAUCAUCAUUAAAUAGUCACCGACCAGGACUAGCUGGCCUUGACAACAGUAGUAAGUCAGAGUUAUAUCACACAUUGGUAACCUCAGACUGUGAAACAGAGUCAAAAGUGUCCUUCGAUAGAGAUGGCAGAGCAUUUGAUGAGAGAGAAAUAGCUUUAUUACAUGAGGUUAGACGGCUGAGAGAAAAGUUAGCAGUCGACAACAGGAUGAAAAAACCACCUAAUUACACAGCACUGGACUGAGUAGAUAUACAUAAGGAUUGAUUGUAGCCAAACUCAACAUUGACUCAUUUGUAUCCUCUCCAGGCUGAGUACAAAAGGAUUGUUGUGGCCAUACUCAACAUUGACUCAUUUGUAUCCUCUCCGGGCUGAGUACAAAAGGAUUGUUUGUGGCCAUACUCAACAUUGACUCAUUUGUAUCCUCUCCUGCCUGAGUACAAACGGAUUGUUUGUGGCCAAACUCAACAUUGACUCAUUUGUAUCCUCUCCUGCCUGAGUACAAAGGAUUGAUUGUAGACAAACUCAACAUUAACUCAUUUGUAUCUUCUCCUGCCUGAGUACAAAGGAUUGUUGUGGCCAUACUCAACAUUGACUCAUGUGUAUCUUCUCCGGGCUAGCUGAGUACAAACCGAUUGUUUGUGGCCAAACUCAACAUUGACUCAUUUGCAUCCACUCCAUCUGACUACUCAAGAAUUUUUUGUAGCCAAACUCAACAUUGACUCAUUUGUGUCCACACUAGGCUGAGAACACAUGGAUUGUUUGUGGCUGUAUCAAACUUCAAACUCAUUAGUGUGGAGUCAUUUUGACCAAUUUCAGCAAAGAGCUGUAUGUCCUUUGACCUUGUACAUGAUAAUCUGUAGCUGUGUUUAGUGUUGGACCGUUUAGUGAGAAUGACAUUGAUGUGACAUUGUGAAAGUACUUUUUAUAGCCAAUAUAAAUCUGAGACUGAAUGGACUUGGAAGAAAAGACGUUAGUAUUAACAGCUUCCCUAGUAGAUCAAAAUACCUGGUAUAGAUAGACUGGUAUAGACAUUACAAGGGACACAGUGCUAUUAAAGGAAAUGAAAAUUAUGGCAUUAAUCAUACUUAGGCAUUAUGGAAGAAAACAGACUGAAUACAUGAAGUAUGCAUGUUAAUUGAAAAUUUAGUCUUGUGUUUUGUUGUAAGGCUCUUUGUCACUAUUCCCCUAAACUAAUUUAUGCUGGUAUUAAUUGUAUCUUGUAUAAUGGCUUAGACAAAUACAGAAGGUUAUUAUUGAAUGUCUGGUUACAGCAAAUAUAUAUAGAAAUAUAUUUCUCAUAAAGUAUUACUAUUAGACUCUGUAGUUGUACAGUGUGUCUGUUUAUUGUUGACACGAUUAACAACAUAGAUACCAUGUUGAAUUGUAUUUUUCUCUCAAGUCAAACCA